CGGAGUGAGAUAACCUGGACGCUGCGGCUGCUGUUUACUCGUUACCCGCAACACCGAAUAACCCUCCGCUACUGUAGAUGCGAUCCGAGUCGUGGGGUCGGUCGAUCGAUUUUAUAUUCAGCAGUUGGGUCCGAUCACUUCUGCAGCAGUCGUCCCAUUCACACUCAUCUAGCGGAUGGACUAUGUGCCGCUGAGAGAGAUGAAAUGGCUGAUCGUAUCGUGUACAGAAGUCAGCUGCCACAAUCUGCUCGUAUGCAGGCAAAAUAUUCACUCCAUGAUGACCAAUCUGAAGAGUUUCUAGAUAUGAUGCCAUCGAGCGAUUCAUACAAACGCAGGGUGGAAUAUGGAUCACACAAUUUGUCACAGAGAGAAGGAAGAAGAAGAUCAAGAGAACGUGAUGGGGAUAAGUAUAAGAAGAUUCCAUACUCCCAUUUGAGAUCCGAUGAUAGAGGAAGGGAUCCCAAACGUUCACGACUUGAACACCGUAGCCACAGCAGGGAACGUCAUAGCCGGGAACGUCAUAGCCGGGAGUGCUGUAGCCGUAGUCCAGAAAGACAUCGGAAUUACAGAAUCAGAAGCCCUGACCGGCCACAAAAUCCAAAUAGGAAUCCCAAUAACAGUCAUGCUCGGCAACAUUUUCAUUGCAGCAAAAGUAAAAAUGAUGAAUUUCGUGAAUUAGAAAUUGCUCGCAGGAGGAAGGAGCAAGAAGAAAGGAUCAUAGCAGAAAUGCUUCCUCCCUCUCAGCGAGAACACUCACACCCAUCUUAUGGUCAUUCUGAACGUUUUGAGAGAAGUACAAUGGGGAUGCAACACUCUCCCAGAAGUGAUUAUGUCUUGCAUAGACCAGAUGAUGCCCCUCAGAUGCCAAAGAAAUCUAUUCUGAAGAAGCGCACUGAACCUGGAUUGGAGCCUUCAACUGCUAUGCAGUUUGAUGACUAUCGUGGCGUCAUAGUGAAUGAAAAGCCUGAACAUCUAGACAGAUACUCUCCGUUGCAAAGCUAUAUGCGGUUACCACAGCAAGAACCAAACUUCACUGAAUCUGAACACUUCUCUUUCAUGCUAGACAGCAACAAAAUGCAUCGAAUUACUGAGCAGGAUGGGCUCCCUGGUUUAACUAAUACUGACUAUCGUUUUGAACGGGUACAUCCAACCAAGUAUGACACAAAGUCUGAAAUGGAAAUUUCUUCCGAAAAUAAGGACUGUGCCACAGACUUUCUGCUGCCACAUGAACAGGCCAGUCGAGGAAAUAGUGGAUUCUCUCAUAUACUUGGUUUAUUGGCAGAGGUUGACAACAACUUACAAGAAAGAAAUUUUGCUGAUGUCGAGGAUGAAGAAAGGUUCCUGUAUGGAGAGGAUGAGGAAGAGAAGACUGACUCUGACAAAUUUAGAUCUCCUGCAAACAGGAAUCUUCUUCCGGUGAGACAUACCGGUGGUCUGCCUGAGGGAUUGUCCAGCACGACAGGUGUGAAACCUGAUAAAGAGUAUGAAAAGAUCCAUGACCUACUGAGAACCAUUGGCCUCGACAUUGGUGUUUCAGAGAUUAGCAAAUUGGCAGCCCGUACUCAGGAGCGCCUUCAUGGGAAAAAAGCGUCAACACGAUCAGCUGACUGUCCCAUGGAAUCCCAUAAUUCAGGCACCUGGGAUAAUCGAAGGACCCGAAUUGAUACAAAAUCCCCAGAAUCUCGUCCACAAUCCCGAAUUAAAUUACCAAAGCAAGAAAAUAUGUCUUGCCCAGGUUUGAAAGAAAGUGAGGAAUCAUUUCAAAGAGAAAUGACUUUAAAUGUUCAAGAAUCUGAGAGGGCAGCUCCACGAUAUUCUACACCAACUGAUCUAUUAACCCGUAAGCCUGGUUUAUUGCCAACUCCAUCACCAUCUUAUGUUAUGCCACCCUAUGCUCAGUAUCCGUUGCCUCCAAUAAACUAUCUGCCAAAUCCGCCGCUCCCUCCUAACUUUAAUCAGUAUGACCCUUAUCUGGCGUACUCAACUCCUGCCUGGCCAGCAUAUCCUCCUCCACAAGUUAGUGAGCCGAGUAGUCCAAUAGUAGUCAUGAUGCAACACCCAAAGGUCUCCAAAUCCCGUCGAAAUCUUAGGGUAAUUGAAACGGUCAAUUCUUCGAACGACACUGUGGACUACAAACGCGAGGAUUCAGUGCUGGUGCAAGUGCAAACAACACCUACUCCAACUCCAGUAUCAUCCACAAACCGGAUUCUGAUGUCCAAGUCUACUGAGGAAGAGAAAAGAAAAUCUGAGCAGAAGCGGAAGGUUUUGGAAGAAAGGGAAAAACUCCAGAAGGAGAAAGCAUCUCGGCAGAAACGGCUGGAAUAUCUUGAAAAUGAGUUGCUGAAGCUCUGUAAACAACAAGGGGAAUUGCUAAGAAAGAAACGCCGUGAGAAGGACGGACACAAGGACCCUCUUCUGGUUAAAAAUGGCAAGCUUCAGGAAGAUAUCAAUCGCCAGAUGUCGAUAGUUCGUCAGCAGGUUGAGGAGACAGUCAAAAAGCUAUCCAAGCUAGAGAAAGUGGCUCAAAUCUUGGGGGUAAUGAUUCAAGAGAAAACUUCAAAAUCUUCUGAUUUAAAUAAGGAUGUGAUCCUGGAACAGGUGCUGCUCAAAGGAGAACAGUUGCCAUCGUCAAAGGAGAUUGCAACAAGACAAGGAUCUCUGAAGGAAAUGGAUGCUAACACAAAGAAGCUCUGUGAGAGUUUCUCUGAAACUGAAGACGCGUACGAAUACUAUGAUGCAGGAAACCACUGGUGCAAAAACUGCAACACUAUUUGUGGAACACUCUUCGACUUUUUCACUCACAUGCAUAAUAAACGUCACAGACAGACACUGGAUCCUUACGAUAGACCAUGGUCUACAAAGAUGCCGAGUGAAGAUAAAAAUGACUUGAUUAAGCGAACUGACAAAAUAACUAUGCCAGCAAAAGGUUCAGAAUUUUUGAUGCCAGUCACUGGAUUUUACUGCCAACUUUGUGAGAUGUUCUACGGAGAUCAGAUCUGUGCUGAAGAUCAUGUCAAAUCACAUGGUCAUAAUGAUAAGUAUAAGGGAUAUUUAAAUGAAAAUCCUGUCUAUGAGCAGCGGAGAAACCUAGACCGCCAGGCUGGCUUCGUGGUAAUCAUGGAGUCAGAGCGCCGGCGCCAAGCAGGGCUGAAAAGAAAAAUCGAUGAAGAAAAAGAAGUUCAGAAACAAAAGAAAUUUGAGGAAAGUGAAGAGAGUAAAGCAAAACUAAUCAAAUUGGAUGUACAAGAGCGUGAAAGUGUGGUGGAGCUAGAAGAGGAAAGGAAUUACUGUUCAUCUCAAAAGAUAGAGCUCAGUUGCAAGCCUGGGAUAAAACUAAUGCUGAAAAAGGAUGAGAUUGAAGAUGAGAAAGAUGAGGAGCAAGGGAUGUCCUUUGGAAAAUUUAGCUGGAAGAAACCUGAGAAGGAAGAAGAGAAAAGUAGCUCGUUGGGAGCCAAGGAGGAGCAUGUUGAAAGCAGCAAAGAAAGAGACGAUGGCAAGGGACAAGGAACUAAGUCUGCAACAAAAACUAUUGAAAUUAAACUCUCGGGAAAGACUCUUAUUGCUCAUACGAGCCCAUGGGUGCCAUUUACCUCUGUAACCACCACCACACACGCAAAAAUCAGACCCAAUCUUCCAGUAGCUAAUGUCCCACAGAGGAAAGGUAGCAUCACAUCUGUUAAUAAGCCAGCACCUUUGGACACAUUCCUCUCCAUUCGGUCUUCAGGGGCUUCGAACAAGCCACUGCCUGUGGUUAAGGCUGGAAUGUUGUUGGCUCCAGAAGUGAUCUCCAGAGCCUUUGGUGGCGAAGAAGUGACUUUGAAAGGAAGUGUUCUAGAUGUACACAAAGAACCAGAUCCUUUGGCUGAAGAACCAGCCCCUGGUGUCUCUGAAUGUGAGCAAACCAUAUUGGCUAUUCCAGUUCGACCGCCCCCACCACCCACAUCUCUCAGUGACUUUAGUAAGAAAAUGGAAAAACCCAAAAGUUGUUUGGCUGCUGCAAAUGCUGAAGAUUUGUACGGCAUUUAUUACAGUAGCUCAGGGAAGAGCCCCGGUGACUGCAGACUAGGCAGCAAUACACAGAACAUCAAAUUAGUACAUGGUACUCUGAAGUCAGUGCCAAGUCAGGUCAAAAUUGGGGGUGCAAGCUGUUCCAAAGAGCUGGUGCCCACAGAAAACACUGAUGUGGGCAUUCCCAAAGCUGCAGGCCUAGGCAAAAAAAAUGAAAUGGAAACAGAAGAACAAGCUGGAAGUAGGUACAUGCCUGAUGUACAAGGUAUGUCACCAUGUGGAGAUGAUGUUUUAAGUAAUUCUGAAACAGGAAUACAUAAUAAAAGUUGUGAAGUGACUGUUGCUCAGCAUGAUAGCCAUGCAAAAAAGGUAAUGGUCACUGCAGAGCAAGGUGAUGGCAACUUUGUUAUGCUCAAAUUAGCUGAAAAUAAUGAAGAAUUUAAUACUGCUGCCUUGGAGAUCUUGGCUGAACAACCACAACAUUACAAUGAUGGAAAUGAAGAGGCUGAGAAUGUGGAAUUGCAUGCUCUUAUCUUAGAGGGCAGUGCUGAACAAUCUCUGCCAAGCAUCAUCAGCACAGCUGAACAUGUUAAGAAAGUGGAUAUUGAUGCUUUUGUAGUAAAUAACAGUGCAGAAGAAUAUCAACAGUCUGAUGAUUUAAGCACUUUGAAUGCAUUCAAGGUGAAAAAAACAGAGUUGGUUGCUCGCACUUCGGAACAACCACAGGCAAGUGGAAUGAAAGUAUGUAGUCUCAUUGAGAGGGAAGCUAAAGACAUUGAUGCUGUUGUGAUAAUAGCUGGUGCUUUAUCUGAUGCCCAAAAAGACUCCAGUCUGGCAGCUCAAAUUGGAGAUGAAAUGUGUGUGUUAGAUUGCAAGGCAAUGCGUCCAGAACAGUGUGAUGCUAAAUUGGAUUUCCCUAUUCCAACAAAGCAGGGUCAAGAUCUGGAAAUGGAUGGCCAAAUAUCACAUAACACCACAAAGUAUCUAAAGGAAUGUGAUAUUAGCUUAAGCUUUUCUGAGCCAGUAGAUCAAGCUGACGAUGUGGAAAGCAGUGCCUCUGAGUUGGACACUCCUGCAGCCCUACUUGAGGAUUGCUAUACUGGCCCCAGCCCCUCUCAGCCAAUGGAUGAAGUUGACGAUGUGACAACAGAUAUCUCCGUUUUGGGCAGCGUUGGAGGUCAACUAGAGCAUUGUGAGAUGGGCACAGGGUUUUCUGAGCAAAUAGAUGUGGAUAAAGAUGUGACCACUACUUUGAACAAUGCUGAAGACCAACCAAACAAAUGUGCUACUGCCCUAAACCUCUCUAAGUCACUCAAGGAAGUUAAGGAUGUGAGGCUAGAUGUUCCUGCUUUGGACAGUGCUGCAGAUCACCCAGAGCAGUGUGAUACACAUAUUAACAUUCCUGACUCAAUAGAUGAGGUAAAGGAUGUAGAACCAGAUGUCCCUGUUUCAGAUCAUUUGGCAAAGCAGCUGAAGCACGAUGACACUCAGCCACGUUUCUCCAAUGCAAUGGAUGAAGUUAAGGGUAUAGAAGUGGGUGCUCUUGUAUCGGACACCACUAGAGAUUUGCCGGGACGUUGUGAUAUCGGCAUAAGUUUUUCUGAACCAUUGGAUGAGGUGGAGGAUAUAAAAGUGGAUGAUUUUAUAUUAGAUAACAGUGCAGAGGCUGGCAUUAGCAUUCUCAAUCCAGUAGACGAGGUGGGAGACCUGAGGGUAAAUGCUCCACUAUUACAUAGAACUGUAGGACAGCAACAGCGCCUUGAUAAAGUAGAACAGGUGAGGGAUGAAGAAAUAGAUGGUGGUCGAGAUAAACUAAUUGGCAAUAGUGAAAUGUGCAGUUCAUUUCAGACAGAUCUGUGCCCUCUGCUGGAUCAGCAAAGAACAGAAAUAAUCCAUUCAUUACAUGUGGGUACACGUGUUACUGAGAAACAAGAUACAGGUAUGAGCAGUUCACUACAGUCUGAGCAGAUUGGUAGCAGUAAAUUAACUAAUGUUCCUCAGGAACAGUGCAAGAAUACAUGCAGCUCUCAACAGCCUAAACAUAGUGAGGUGAGUGUCCCUGAUGCAAGAUCAGAUCGGGAUGAGGAUGAAAGCAGCUUUCCUGAAUCAGAACUUCUUAAUGAUAACGGUAAAAUUAAUAUUCUAGAUCCAUCCAUGUGUUGUGAAAGUGAAGUUAACACACUCAUUCCUGAGACACAGACAGCAGGCAAUGGAGCAGAUCCUUCAAAGCAGCUUCCCCUUCAUAAUAUUAAUGUGAGCACCUCAGAGAGGGCAGAAAAGGACAGCAGUAUGCCAUCCAGCACUGGUAAAGCUGUGAGCGGUGGUCAUGCGGGUACUGGUGAGGAGUACAAAGUCAGUGGCAGUCCACGCACCUCUUCUAGACGAGCAGCACAGGCUGGAAAGGCUGUGAUGUACAUGCAGCCUCCUGAUCAGACAACUGUAAAACAUGAAUCAAUUGAGUCUGAGGACAUCAAGGCACCUAAUAAGCAGCUACGUCGCAGAAGUGCAAGAAACCUUCGGUCACCAAAAUAAUACUGGAAAGUUGCACUGAAAGAUAUCUGUGGAACGGGAUAAGUAACCUGCACAUUAACAGACAAUGAGGGACACCAAAUCCUCAAUGUCGAGUCUGCAGACUAUCGCCUACUCUUGUCUAUUUUUUACAAUGUUGUGGGUGAAUUUGAUUUGUGUUUCUGCUUUUUUUUAGACGUGCAUGCUAUAAAAGUUUCUCAAAAGUUUCCCAAUCACAUUGUAAGUGCUAUGUAGCAUUAUAUUUUUUUCUUUUCGCUUGGUGCUGCAUUAUGUUAAAACGAGCACCCAGGGCACAGACAUUCCACUUAAAAAAAAAACUUAAUUAAGUACAGGAUAUUUCCAAAUCACAACUUGACCAGUUUGAGAAAACAGACGCCAUCUGGUUGUAACAUUUGCAAACUUGAGUUAAAGCUUUUUCAAUACCUGUAUUACCAUACUUUGUAACCAUUAUUCUACUGGCCAGAAGCAAUGAUCUGUCACUUACAGUGAAACCUUGGAUGGUUUUAAUGUAAUUUGUAGUUCAUUUUUCUGUUUAUUCCCUGUAUUGUACAUUAAACGGCAGUGUCAAGUCUGUGUGUCUGUCUUUUGUUUCUUUAUUUCCUGAUUCUUCAGUGUUGUCUUCACUGAAUAUAUAGACUUCGCUGGUGCAUCUUGUCCUGUGAGUGGCAAAGUUAGUUGGUAAGAGAGGACAAGGGCAUGGACCAAAAUUAUGAUUGUUUAAACUUUUCACAUUUUUUAGUAAAUGCUAUGCUUUGUAAUAUUACUGUGAUGCAGUAACUUUCCAAUAUUACAGCGUAUAGAGCAAUGCAGAAUAGACGAAACAGAAAUGGAAAAAAAGAGGAUAUUCAACUUAUUCUCCUUUGCUGGAACACACUAUCACAGUAUCACUUUUAUGGUAAUUCCUGUCUGAUUCUGUCUCAUCUGUAAUGUAAAAUACACAUUUUGUGAACUUGAAUUGUAACUGAAAGUUGCUUGGAAGACACUUAUUUGCAUUAUUGCUAUGUUGAAAUGUUAUAAAUAAACUUCAUUUAACUGUA